AUGACACUUCAAAGAGUCUUUCUUGCAGUGUUUUUACUUUCAACUGUCUUAGUUGGGGUUCUAUCAGUUUCAGAACCAAUCUUGAAAGGUGAAGUUGAGGCAUUGAGAGCAUUUAAAAGCUUGAUCAGAAAUGAUCCACUUGGUGUACUAGAUGAUUGGACUGAUGCCAACCAUCAUUGUAACUGGUCAGGAAUUGCUUGUGAUUCUUCAUUCAAUCAUGUCAUAUCCAUUUCCCUGGUUGACAAGCAGCUCGAAGGUGAAAUCUCUCCAUUCCUGGGCAACCUUUCGAAUCUCCAGGUUCUUGACCUUACUCUGAAUUCAUUUACUGGAAAUAUUCCUCACCAGCUGGGGCUCUGCUCACAGCUUACUGAACUCACCCUAUUUGCAAAUUCUCUCUCUGGUGAAAUUCCACCAGAACUUGGAAACCUUAAUAGUAUACAAGCAAUAGACCUUGGAAGCAAUUUCUUGAAGGGAGCCAUCCCUGAUAGCUUAUUCAACUGUACAUCCUUGUUAGAGCUAAGUCUCAUCUAUAACAAUCUCACUGGCAAAAUACCAGCAAAGAUUGGUAAUUUACUGAAUCUUCAACUUUUUGUAGCAUAUGCAAAUCAGUUGGAGGGUCCUAUACCUGCUUCCAUUGGGAAGAUGCAAGCAUUGCAAUCUCUUGACUUAAGCUUUAACCAAUUAUCUGGAGCAAUACCUCCGGAAAUUGGAAAUCUGACAAGUUUGCAAGCAAUUCAGCUGUUUUCCAACUCUCUGUCUGGGAACAUUCCUGCUGAAUUCGGUCUUUGUUUAAAUCUAGUUGCAAUAAACAUAUAUAUCAAUCAGUUCAGUGGUAGCAUACCUCCUGAACUUGGAAACUUGACCAACUUAGAAUUCUUGCGUCUGUACAGAAAUAAGUUGAACUCCACAAUUCCAAACACGUUAUUCCAGCUCAAAAAAUUGACCCAUUUGGGACUCUCGGAGAAUGAAUUAACUGGAAGAAUAAGUUCUGACGUAGGAUAUUUGAGAUCAUUAGAAGUGCUUACACUCCAUUCCAAUAGGUUCACUGGGAACAUUCCUUCAACCAUAACAAACUUGACCAACUUAACAUAUCUGUCUUUGGGCAUAAAUUCAUUGAAAGGGUCAAUUCCGUCAGAUAUAGGGUUGCUAAAUAAAUUGAAAAAUCUUACUCUGGACAAUAACCUUCUUGAGGGGUCUAUACCCUCUAGCAUUACCAAUUUAAGUCAUCUUCUUGGAACAAGUAUGGCUUACAAUAGACUUACCGGCCUACUGCCUGUAGGGUUGGGACAAUUAUCAAAUCUGACAUUUCUCUCUGUCGGGGGAAACAGACUUUCAGGCCGCAUCCCUGAUGACCUCUUUAACUGCACUAUGCUUCAAGUUCUAGAUCUAAACAAAAACAAUUUCACUGGAAUACUUAGUCCAAAUAUUGGCAGACUGUCCAAUAUCCGGCUUCUCCGACUUGGAGGUAAUUCAUUUCUUGGGUCAAUCCCUGGAGAUAUUGGUAAUCUGAGUCAAGUGAUUGAUUUGCUCCUCCACAAUAAUAGAUUAUCUGGCUCAAUUCCUUCUGAACUCUCAAAACUUGCACUGCUCCAAGGCCUCGCUUUGCAGAACAAUUUGCUGGGAGGUCAAAUUCCAGACAAUCUUUUUGAGCUAAAACAGCUCACAGAUCUUCGGUUACAAAACAACAAGUUCGUUGGUCCAAUCCCAGAAGCUGUCUCUAAUCUCAAGUUACUUUCUUACUUGGAUAUGAGUGAGAACAUGCUUAAUGGAACAAUUCCACAAAGCAUGCAACAACUUGGCCGAUUGAUGAUGCUAGAUCUAUCAAGAAACCUUCUGGCUGGAGCUAUUCCUGGUUUAGUAAUUGCAAGUUUGAAAAAUUUGCAAAUACAACUGAAUCUUUCACACAAUUAUUUCGAGGGACCCAUUCCAGGUGAAAUUGGUCAGUUAGAAAUGGUGCAGGUGAUAGACAUGUCCAGCAACAACUUGUCAGGUAGAAUUCCCGGGACAAUUAAGAACUGCAGAAAUUUGUUCUCCCUGGAUCUUUCUGGAAACCAAUUCAGUGGUAAUCUUCCAGGAGAUAUUUUCAUUCCUCUUGAAGAGCUCUUAAGAUUGAACCUCUCAAGAAAUAAAUUAGAUGGUGAACUUCCUUCUACUUUAGCUAAUCUGACUCAUCUUCAGUCACUAGAUCUUUCCAAAAAUAAGUUCAAUGGCACCAUUCCUGAAAGCCUUGGCAAUCUCUCAACCUUAAAGUUUCUCAACCUUUCCUUUAAUCAGCUUGAAGGCCAUGUACCAGAGACUGGUAUAUUCCGAAACUUGAGUGCCAGUAGUUUGGUUGGGAAUGCAGCCCUUUGUGGAACAAAGCUUGGCAAGCCAUGCAGCACUGGCAAAAAUCUGACUAGUUCAAACCAUUUCAAAAAGAAAACUGUCUUCAUUGUUGUAGCACUGGGACUAGUUUCUAUAAUCUUUGGUUUGUUGCUUCUGAUCUCUGUACUUUAUCGGAACAGAAAGAAGCAAAAAGCGAAAGUAGAAGAGAACUCGGUACCUAAAUAUCCUUCAGCCUUGCCUCUCAAGAGAUAUAAUCAGGAGGAUUUAGACAGUAUAACUACUUCAUUCAGUCAGGAUAACAUCAUUGGCUCCAGCAGUUUAAGCACAGUGUAUAAGGGCAAACUUGAUGAUGGGCAGGCAGUGGCAGUAAAGGUAUUGAAUUUACAGCAGUUUUCAGCUGAGUCAGAUAAAUGUUUUGAUAGGGAAGUCAAGACUUUGAGCCGAUUGAGGCACAGGAAUCUUGUUAAGGUGCUUGGCUAUGCUUGGGAGAGUCGGAAGAUGAAAGCUUUAGUCUUAGAAUAUAUGGAGAAUGGAAGCUUGGACAAACUGAUACAUGACCCUGUAUCUAACAAAUCCAAAUGGACUAUGUCCGACAGCAUCGAUCAAUUGAUCUCGAUUGCCAGUGGAUUGGUGUACUUGCAUUCAGGCUAUGAUUUCCCCAUAGUGCACUGUGACUUGAAACCAGCUAACAUUCUAUUAGAUGGGAAGUUAAUACCCCAUGUGAGCGACUUUGGGACAGCUAGAAUGCUGGGUAUUCAUCUCGAGGAUGGAAAGAGCCUUUCUACAGCAUCAGCAUUUCAAGGAACUAUUGGCUACUUGGCACCAGAGUUUGCAUAUAUGAGAACCAUUACCACAAAAGUGGAUGUAUUUAGCUUUGGCAUAAUAGUGAUGGAGCUGAUUACAAAAAGAAGGCCAACAGGACUUACAGAAGAAGAAGGCUCAUCAAUCACUUUGCCUCAACUAGUACAGAAAGCCCUUAAAAGUGGUACCAAGAGGCUACUUCAAGUUGUGGAUCCUCAUUUAGUUCCCUAUGUCUCAAAGAAGCAGGAGGCAACGGAGGGACUUCUGAAUUUAGCCUUAUCCUGCACCAGUCCAGAUCCCGAGGACCGCCCUGACAUGGAAGAAGUGUUAUCAUGCCUCUCAAAGCUACGUCAACUGUCAUAAGGAUCCUGAAAGUACAGCUCGACACAAAAAUUGCAACUUUUGCCAUCUUUCCUUCGUCAUGGAAAUUGGUAUAAUUGGGCUCAUUAAUACUCUGGAAGAGUGUAUAUUGCUCUAAGAUAGGCGUCCAGGCACUAGUUGCCAGAGAAUCAUAUGUAUAGCCAAUCUACUAUUUGCAGUUUCUAGCAAUUUAUCUUACAUCAGCAGAUUGCAAUUGCAGAAAUAGAAAAGAUUAUAAAGAUACAUGCUUUGGUGAAGAAUGGUUCUUGUACCUGUGAAAGAUGGUAGAACAGGAUUCGGAGGUUGUUAAAA